AUGUCUCGUACUACCGUCGUUGUUUUACGGGCCUUAGUGCUUCACUAUGAAAGCUUCCUCCGGUACCGCUUGGAAAUCAGCCAGCUCGAGUUCGAGCUCAAAGAGCAGGCCCGGAAGAAGGACAUGUAUAGGAUUCUCAAUGAGCAACAGGAUGAGGCCCUUAAAGACCUCCCGAUUCUCCAGGCCGAGCUGGAAAAAACCCAGAAGGAGGCCUCCACCUUGAAGCGGGAACAUGCCGACCUGGUUGAAAAGGUAAAGGUCUUUGAAGCUAAAAACGAGGAGCUAGUUGUGGUGACUAACAACACUAUUUCGCAGGUCCAACAGAAGAUAGACUUGAUCGACCAGCUCCGGGACGAGAUGAACGAGGUCAAGGCCAUGGUCGAAUGGUGGAAGGGUAGGAUGGACCUGCUGGCUUCAGAGAAGGAAACUACGAAUGCGGAGCUGGCAUUGGUUGAGAAUCAACUACGAGUGGUGAAGGACAAAGCUGAUAAGUGGUCUCAGCUGAAUAAUGAUCUCCGAGCACAGCUGAACUUGGUCGUCGCAAAACGGGAUGCACUCGGAAGAGAAUAUGAGGCGCUGAGGUCCAAAUUGGAGACAACCUCUGCUGAUGCCGAGAAAAUGGUGGCCUAA